CUGCCCCGGCCCCGCCUCUUCCCAGAGCGUGCCGCGUUCCCGCUCCCUUCCAGUGCUUGCCGCUGCGAAACAGCUGUUUCGCAGCGGCAAGCGCUGGGAGCUGGGGGAGAAGCAGGGACGCGGCACGCUCAGGGGAGGAGGCAGAGACGGACCGGAGGUAAGCUGGGGCGGGGGGUGGGGCAGGGAGCUGCAGGUGGGUGCAGAGCACCCACCAAUUUUUCCCCAUAGGUGCUCCAGCCCCGGAGCACCCACGAAGUCGGUGCCUAUGCACGGGGUCAGACUAGAUAAGCAUGAUGGUCCCUUUUGGCCUUAGAGUCUGUGAGCUGAAAAACCAUGAUUUUCUGCCACGGCAGGUAAUAUGGUCCUUCUGAUUCCAUACUUAGGUCUUUGGGCCAGGGAUUGUAAUUGUGUUGUCUACAACACUGAGCACUAUGGGGACUUAACUGGAACCCCCGGUGCUAUCACAAUACAAAUUAUUAUCAACAAUCAUGAUUUCCUUCCCAAACUCUGCCAUGCAGGUAAUGGAUGUGCUGGAGCUCAGAGGACGGAGAAGGGAGUGAAGGCGGAGCCCGAUGGACAGCCCGACAGUGCAGCCAUACGUCGACGUGGACAAGGGGUUUGCCAUUGGGUUUGUCAUCCUGAUGUGCUUCUUCCUGAUGGCCAUGAUUGUGAGGUGCGCCAAGCUGAUCGUGGACCCGUACAGCGCCAUCCCCACCUCCAUGUGGGAGGAGGAGCAAAUCAAUUGA